AUGAACUCUCCUCCGUUCUCGCCGCUGUCGAGCCGACGCCCUUCAGAGCGUCGUAUGUCCGACCGACGUGGUUCCCAGAUCGCGUCUCGGCGACCGUCCGAGUUUGCAUCGCGUCGACCUUCGAUUGACCCUUCCAGGCUGAUACCGAUGGACAAAACGAUUCAUAUCGGAGGAGCUGACGACUUCAACGUCGUCUUCAUCGGCGCCGGGAACAUUAUGUUUGGUUCGGAUGAAGGACCGUGGAAUCACUCUUUCCGUUUAGAGCACAAACUCGGUCGGCGUCUCAAGGUCGUCGCUCUAAUUGACCCUGCUGUAGAACGCGCGAAGGCCGUCCUGCAGAAGAAAUGCGACUCCUUCGUCGUGUCGGCUUAUCAAGAUACUCGUGUCUACAAGACCCUCGACGAUUUCGUCAGGGCGAUGACACCCAAGGAACGACCAAGAGCUGUGAUCGUUGGGAGUCCCCCCAUGUUCCGUGGAACACUCCAAGCUGGUCGCGACAUUGAAAUGCAAAUUCUGAAGCACUUUCCUGGUGUCGCGUUGUUCAUCGAGAAGCCAAUUGCCACUGGCCCGGUCCAUGAACUAGAAGAGUCAUUCCAGAUCGCCAAAACCAUCCAAGACACGAAGACCAUCUGCUCAGUUGGAUACAUGCUUCGAUACCUCAAAGCCGUCCAGAUGAUGAAACAAAUCAUCCACGAUAAUAAUCUCACUGUCAUGGCCACCAUCGCCCGAUAUGCGUGCGCGUAUGAGUCCAUCGCGAAGCCUGAUUGGUGGGACAAGUCCAAAAGUGCGGGUCCCGUUGUCGAGCAGGGCACUCACUUCUGUGAUUUGUCGCGGUACUUCGGCGGAGAAGUCGACAUCACUUCAGUUACCGCACAUUCGCUGGAAUGGAACGAGAAUGCAGGGCAGCUAUCGCACAUGCGCAUCGACGAAAGCAAGAUUGCGCCGGAGAAUAGGAUCCCCCGUGUGACUACUGCUACCUGGAAAUAUGAAAGUGGUGCAGUAGGCACCUUUACCCAUCUCGUCGCCCUCCAAGGCACGAACUACAGCUGUGAACUUGAGGUCUACGCGGACGGCUAUCAGCUCAAGCUGCUCGAUCCCUAUGUCCAGCCUGUCUUGGUGAUGCGCAAACCCGGUGAUGAUCAUGAGCAGCAAGUUCGGUUCCCUGAGGAUGAUCCAUUCUUCUCCGAGAUUUCCAACUUUAUCGACAUCAUCGAAGACAUUGAAGAAGACCCGGAGGCGUCUCAAAUUCUUAGCUCAUUCGAAGAUGCCUGCCGCACCUACGAACUCACUUGGGCGAUUCGCGAGGCUAGUGAGAGGUCUCGUGCUGACCGUUUGUACGCCAUCGCGGAGGAGUCAAAGGCCACAGCUACGGAAGAACCUGACGCCACUGCCGCAUAG